AUGUCUCCUGCUUCCGACAUUACUGAAACUCCACUCGCCCAUAGCUCAUCUUCAACAACAUCAGGCAAUGGAAAUAUUAUUGAUUUCACUCAUCCCUACUUUCUUCAUGCUUCUGAUGCACUAGGUAUGAUACUGGUGAACACACCAUUUGAUGGUCAUGGAUAUGCUGGAUGGAGCAGAUCCAUCUUAAUCUCCCUUUCAGCCAAGAACAAAUUGGGUUUCAUUGAUGGUCUGGAGCAUAGGUUUGGGCAACCUAAUAGAGCCAAGUUAUACCACUUACAAAAAGAACUAGCUGAUUUAGUUCAAGGGUUAGCUGAUAUUGCUACUUAUUUCACUAGAAUGAAGCGACUAUGGGAUGAAUUAUACAGUCUCAACACUGAUAUGCACUGGUCAUGUAAUUGUGAUUGUGGUGGAAAGAAGAAAAUGCAACAUUUUAAGGAAGAUGAGAGACUCAUUCAAUUCCUCAUGGGAUUGAAUAAGACUUAUGGACUGGCUAGAAGCAAUAUACUCAUCGUUAAACCACUAUCCUUAGCCAAUCAAGCAUACUCACUUCUUAUGCAAGAUGAGAAUCAAAGGGAGAUCCAUGUCAAUUGUCAAUUACCAACAGAUGGUGCUUCAUUCAUGGUGAGAAACCAAGGAUCUCAGAAUUAUCAGAAUUUUGUAGGAUCUCACUUCAACUCUCAACAGAAAAGUGGAAACAAUUCCUAUAAAGGAAAUCAUGGACAUAAAGGAAAGAAAAACACACAAAUGUGUUCCUACUGUAAGAUGACUAAUCACACAAUUGACAAAUGUUACAGACUUGUGGGAUUCCCUGGUGACUUCAAAUUUACUAAAAACAAAAGGGUUCAAAAUUCACCAAAGGGUAACUCAGCUGCUACAGUGGAAGAUACAGGGGUAAUUCACAGCAGCAUGGCAGAAGGACCUCAGUUUUCUCAUAAACUAAUAUCAGAUCAAUUCAAUCAAUUGGUUAAUCUUCUGAAUCAAAUACAAACAGGACAGGGAACUACUCAGGAAGUUAAUGCAAAUUCUGUUGUUGGUAUAUUGUUUACUAAUUCUCCAUCAUGUUAUUCAGUUACUAAUUCUAAACUUGCCAACUCAUGGAUCAUAGAUUCAGGGGCAACUGAGCAUAUGUAUUUUAAUGCCAAAUCAUUCUUAUUCUUAGUACUAUUACCUACUCCUCUAAUGGUAAAAUUGCCUAACUCUUCUAGGGUAAAUGUCACUCAAGCUGAAGUAUUUCUAUUUUUCCAGGUUUAG